GCUCCGUCUGUCCGCGCGUCCGCCUGUCCGCCUGUCCGUCGCACCCCUCCUGUUUCCCUGCCCUGCCGGUGUCCUCCCUCCAAGCCCGCGCUCCAUGGCCGAGUCCACGGCGCCGCGGUCCCGCGGCCCAGCCGUCGCCGGGAUGCUGCAGAGUCCGGCGCGCAUCUCCCGCAUGCGGGAGAAGGAGGAGCUGCGGCAGCUGAACGACCGGCUGGCCGUGUACAUCGACAAGGUGCGGAGCCUGGAGACGGAGAACAGCGCGCUGCAGCGGCAGAUGAUCCACCGGGAGGAGGUGCGGGGCCUCGAGGUCACCGGGCUCAAGGCGAUCUACGAGGGGGAGCUGGCGGACGCGCGGCGGACGCUGGACGACACGGCGCGGGACCGCGCCAGGCUGCAGAUCGAGCUGGGCAAGCUGCGCGCCGACCACGAGCAGCUCCUGGAUAGCUAUGCAAAAAAGGAAUCUGACCUUAAUAGAGCCCAGGUCAAACUUCAUGAGCUUGAUGCAGCCCUGAAUUCUAAAGAAGCUUCACUGGCCACAGCCCUUGGUGAUAAGAAAAGUCUGGAGGGAAAAAAUAAAGAGUUGAAAGAUGAAAUACAAGAGCUUGAAACUUCUUUAGCUGCUGCCAAGAACCAGCUUAUGAAAGAAACCUUGCAGAAAGUGGAACUUCAGAACCGUUGUCAGAGCCUCUCUGAGGACCUGGAAUUCCGUAAAAAUAUGUAUGAGGAGGAGAUCAAAGAGAUGAGAAGGAAGCACGCGACGCGCCUGGCGGAGGUGGGCUCUGGGUCCCAGCUCGAGUUCGAGCACAAGCUGACCCAGGCCCUCCGCACGAUCCGAGAGCAGCACGAGGCACAAGUGAGGCUCUACAAGGAGCAGCUGGAAGCGACUUACAGCUCCAGGCUGGAGAGUGCCAGGAUGUCCUCGGAGGUGAACAGCUCUGCAGUCCACACCAUCCGGGAGCAGCUGAACGAGAGCCGCGUGCGCAUCGAGAGCCUGUCCUCCCUCAUCACCAGCCUCCAGAGAGAGUCCAGAGAGUGGCAGGACAAAGUACAGGAGCUGGAGAUCACCUUGGCCGAGGAGCAGGAGAACAACCGCAAAGCACUGGCAGAGAAGGAGAAGGAAAUUGCAGAGAUAAGAAGUCAGAUGCAGGAGCAUCUGAGUGGCUACCAGCAGCUCCUGGAUGUUAAACUGGCAUUUGACAUGGAGAUCAAUGCAUACCGGAAAAUGCUGGAGGGUGAAGAGGAGAGGCUGAACCUGUCCCCCGGCCCUUCCUCGCGGGUCACCAUCUCGCACGCCUCGUCCAGCCGCAGUGUGCGCACAGCCGGCCGCAAGAGGAGGAGGAUUGACGUGGAGGAGUCCGAGGCCAGCAGCAGCAUGAGCAUUUCCCACUCUGCCUCUGCCACGGGGAACGUGUCCAUCGAGGAGAUAGACGUGGACGGGAAGUUCAUUCGCUUGAAGAACACCUCUGAGCAGGAUCAACCUAUGGGAGGCUGGGAGAUGAUCCGAAAAAUAGGAGACACUUCUGCAAGUUACAGAUACGCCCCAAGAUACAUACUAAAGGCAGGCCAGACUGUUACAAUCUGGGCUUCAAAUGCUGGAGUAGCUGCGAACCCUCCCACUGACCUCAUCUGGAAGAACCAGCCUUCCUGGGGCACCGGGGAAGAUGUGAAAGUUGUGCUGAAGAAUUCUCAGGGAGAGGAGGUUGCUCAAAGAAUUACAGUGUUCCAAACAACAGCACAUAAAGGGGAAAAUGAAGAAGUUGAGGAAGAAGUAGCUGAAGCUCUGGAUGAGGAAGACAUUGACCGUCAGCAGGCAGGGCAAAGGGCAUCCAACAGAAGCUGUGCGGUCAUGUGAAAUUCCAGCCACUCCAGGUUCCUCCAGCCGUGGUAAUCCCUGCCUGCAGAACUGAGCCUUCUGAGAAGCACAACAUUAUUUUCCUGUCUGUGAAUUUUUAAAUUCUGCGAGUCUGAUGGCCUUAAACUUCCUCUGCCACUGAAAAAAAAAAACCAAAAAAAAAAAA